AUGAAGCUGUCUCUAUACAUUCUUUCUCUGUCUACUGUGGUUUUCGCCCAGUCACUGGCUCCUUCGCCGACAGAGUCGGUGGGCUGUGAGGCUCACGAAGACCACUGGCACUGCGACGGCCCAGUCUCGACAACCCAGGCCGAGAGCAGCAUCACUACAACCUUUGCCACCACAACCACGGCAACUUCAACGUCCUCAGAGGAGGACCAUGACCACGAAUCGGGCACCGGUAGCCUGGCACCAAGCCCUACAGAGUCUGUAGGAUGCGAACCUCAUGGAGAUCACUGGCAUUGUGACGGACCUGCUUCGACCACAGCCGCUAGCAAUGCCACGAGCUCUUCGACUGCAAGCACCACCUCUUCAACAACAGCCACCACCACGCCAGCCACGGCUGGUGCAUCUCGGGUCGCUCUUGGAGGUGCAUUCCUUUUCGCGGGACUCGUCUUUUGUGCGAGCAUGUAG